CGCCAGCUCAAUGACAUGGGUGCACAGAGGGCAAGACUGCAAACAGAGAACGGUGAAUUUGCUCGCCAGCUAGAGGAGAAGGAAGCUCUUAUUUCCCAGCUCACCAGAGGCAAACAAGCUUACACUCAGCAGAUUGAAGAGCUUAAGAGACACAUUGAGGAGGAAGUGAAGGCCAAGAAUGCCCUGGCACAUGCUGUUCAGUCAGCCCGCCAUGACUGUGAUCUGCUCAGAGAGCAGUUUGAGGAGGAGCAGGAGGCCAAGGCUGAGCUGCAGAGAGCAAUGUCCAAGGCCAACAGUGAGGUGGCUCAGUGGAGAACCAAAUAUGAGACUGAUGCUAUCCAACGCACUGAGGAGCUGGAGGAGGCCAAGAAAAAGCUUGCCCAGCGUCUGCAGGAGGCUGAGGAAUCCAUUGAGGCUGUGAACUCUAAGUGUGCCUCUUUGGAGAAGACCAAGCAGAGGCUGCAGGGUGAGGUGGAGGACCUCAUGAUUGAUGUGGAGAGAGCUAAUGCUCUGGCUGCCAACCUCGACAAGAAGCAGAGGAACUUUGAUAAGGUCCUGGCAGAAUGGAAACAGAAGUAUGAGGAGAGCCAGGCAGAGCUGGAAGGAGCUCAGAAGGAGGCUCGUUCUCUCAGCACUGAACUGUUCAAGAUGAAGAACUCUUAUGAGGAGGCUCUGGAUCAGCUGGAGACCAUGAAGAGAGAGAACAAAAACCUGCAGCAGGAGAUCUCAGAUCUGACUGAACAGAUUGGCGAGACUGGAAAGAGCAUCCAUGAGCUUGAAAAAGCUAAGAAGGCUGUGGAAAGUGAGAAGACUGAAAUUCAGACCGCCCUGGAGGAAGCAGAGGGCACACUGGAGCAUGAGGAAUCCAAGAUUCUCCGUAUUCAGCUUGAGCUCAACCAGGUCAAAGGUGAGGUUGACAGGAAGCUGUCAGAGAAGGAUGAGGAGAUGGAGCAGAUCAAGAGGAACAGCCAGAGGGUGAUGGACUCCAUGCAGAGCACUCUUGAUGCUGAGGUCAGGAGCAGGAACGAUGCCCUGAGAAUCAAGAAGAAGAUGGAGGGAGACCUGAAUGAGAUGGAGAUUCAGCUGAGUCAUGCCAACAGGCAGGCCGCUGAGGCCCAGAAACAACUGAGGAAUGUCCAGGGACAGCUCAAGGAUGCCCAACUGCACCUUGAUGAUGCUCUCAGAGGACAGGAGGACAUGAAGGAGCAAGCUGCAAUGGUGGAGCGCAGAAAUGGCCUGAUGCUGGCUGAGAUUGAGGAGCUGAGAGCUGCUCUGGAGCAGACAGAGAGAGGACGCAAAGUGGCUGAGCAGGAGCUGGUUGAUGCUAGUGAGCGUGUGGGACUGCUUCACUCUCAGAACACCAGCCUUCUGAACACCAAGAAGAAGCUUGAGGCUGACCUUGUUCAGAUUCAGGGUGAAGUGGAUGAUUCUGUUCAGGAAGCAAGAAAUGCUGAAGAGAAAGCCAAAAAGGCUAUCACUGAUGCUGCCAUGAUGGCUGAGGAGCUGAAGAAGGAGCAGGACACCAGUGCUCACCUGGAGAGGAUGAAGAAGAACCUGGAGGUCACAGUCAAGGACCUGCAGCACCGUCUGGAUGAGGCUGAGAACCUCGCCAUGAAGGGUGGCAAGAAGCAGCUCCAGAAACUGGAGUCUAGGGUGCGUGAGCUGGAAGCUGAAGUUGAAGCCGAGCAGAGACGUGGAGCUGAUGCUGUUAAAGGAGUCCGCAAAUACGAGAGGAGAGUGAAGGAGCUGACCUACCAGGCUGAGGAGGCUGAGGAGCAGGCAAACACUCACAUGUCCAGGCUCAGGAAGGUCCAGCAUGAGCUGGAAGAAGCUCAGGAACGUGCUGACAUCGCUGAAUCCCAGGUCAACAAGCUGAGAGCCAAGAGCCGUGAUGCUGGAAAGGGAAGUGACUCUGCUGAAUGAGAUGCAAGGUCCAGC